AUGACCAGGCGACAAAUUCGCUUGAUUGUCUGUCUUGCCGUCUUGAUUCCUAUUGCCGCAGUCGUCUAUCACUAUCUUUUGCCGUCAUCAUCACCCGAAUCGUUUACAGCAAACCUCGUUAACAGACUAUUCCCAUCCGAAACAACCGACAUGACAUCACAGGCUUCACGCCCCUGUGUCAUUGUAGUAGGCGGCGGUUUGGCCGGGCUUUCCGCCGCCUAUUCCGCCCUACGUGCCGGCGCCCCUUCAGUUCGCCUACUGGAACGCGCUUCAAAGCCAGGAGGCAACAGCAUCAAGGCUUCCUCGGGCAUUAACGGGGCACCCACUCGCUUUCAACAGGCCGCCUGGCCCAAUCUGGGCCCUGACGAGACCUUCUGGGACGAUACCGUCCGCUCUGCCGGGACUCGCCUCUCCUCCCAAGCCACCAGUAAGCCAGCGGCCAGGGCCCAGCGCGAGUCCCUCAUCUCCGUCCUCACCCAGCGAUCCGCCGAUGCCAUCAACUUCCUCACCGAUCUAGGCGUGGAUCUCACUGUCGUGGCGCAGCUCGGUGGCCACAGUCACCCACGAACCCAUAGAGGCGCUGGCAAGACGCCUCCAGGAGCCGCCAUCAUCACCACUCUUCUCGGCAAGUUGAAGGAGGCGGGAGAAGACCGCUUCGAGCUGAUGACCGACUGCGAGGUCACCAGGCUGCUCACCGACUCCACUACUGCUGUCUCCGGCAGCAACGGGAACGGCGGCUCCUCAGUGGAUCACCACCCCGUGACCGUUACUGGAGUAGAGUACCGAUCGACCCAGGAUGGCGGCAACGGUGCUUCUCCCCACCAGCUCACCGGUCCCGUGAUCUUCACCACCGGCGGCUUUGGGGGUGACACGAACGGUCUUUUGGCUCGCUACCGUCCGGACCUGGGUGGAAUGCCCUCCACAAACGAUCCGCGGCCGGGCACCCACGAUCUGCUCGCCACCGUCGGUGCCAGGCUGGUCGAUAUGGACAGCGUGCAGAUUCACCCGACCGGCUUCAUCGAUCCGGCCAAUCCCCAGGUGCCCGUCAAAUUCCUCGCUGCUGAGAUGCUGAGGGGAGAAGGUGGCAUCCUGCUGCACAGCGGCAAGAGAUUCGUCAACGAGCUGGAGACGAGGGAGCGUGUGAGCAACACCAUCAUGGCUUUGCCGGGCGACGGAGUUGAAGGCGCCUCUUUGCGUCAAUGGGACAUUCAGCUCCUGCUUGACCCGGGCGCUGCCGAGGCUGCCGCGGGCCAUAUGGGGUUCUAUCUGUGGAAGGGGCUGAUGAAGAAGAUGAAGGUUUCGGAACUGGAUGCAACCACCAAGCAGACGCUGAAGGAGUACGCGAGCAUCGUGAGGGGCGAGAAGGAGGAUCCGUUUCAGCGCAAGGCGUUCGGACACUGGAAACUCGGUGUGAACAGCGACGGUACUACUAUCGAUGAAGACGCCGAGGUAUGCGUGGGCCGCGUUACGCCCAUUGUGCAUUUCACCAUGGGCGGUGCCGUGUUUAAUGAGCAUGCCCAGGUGCUUUCGUCCGAGCUUGGGGAGGAGCAGAAGCCCAUCCAGGGAAUAUGGGCCGCUGGCGAGAUUACUGGUGGUAUUCAUGGUGAUAAUCGCCUAGGCGGUUCGUCGUUGCUCGAGUGUGUCGUCUUUGGAAGAAUCGCGGGGGCUGAGGCGGCUGAUGUUGCGAAGAGGGCUUACAUCUGA